AUGUCGUCGUCGAAUUCUCCAUGUGCAGCAUGCAAAUUCUUGCGUAGAAAAUGCACACAACAAGAAUGCGUUUUUGCGCCAUACUUCCCACCAGAUCAACCUCGAAAAUUCGAAAAUGUACACAAGGUGUUUGGGAGAAGUAAUGUGGCUAAAUUACUCAACGAAUUAAACGCGACUCAACGGGAAGAUGCUGCAAAUUCCCUAGCAUAUGAAGCGGAAUAUCGCCUCCGUGAUCCGGUUUAUGGUUGUGUUGGACUAAUUUCAAUACUUCAACAUAAGCUUAAGCAAGUUCAAGAUGAUUUAUUGAAUGCUAAGAAAGAUUUAGCAACGUAUAUUGGUCCACAAGCAAUGUUGCCAAUGCUUCAGCACUCUGGCUAUAUUCAACAGCAUCCCAAUAAUAAUCCCUCUUCUUCUAAUAUGAUGGCUUAUAAUAUGCAGCCAAUGGGAUUGCAACAACAAUUAAUGAUGCGCGAUCCUCAACAACAACAACAACAACAGAAUCAGCAGCAAGUGAUUGAAGCUCAUCAAUUAGCCGCGGUAAUGGCUGCAAGGGAACAGGAGAUGAUGAGAACUUAUGAGCCACAACAAUUCAACAAUGGAUAUGAUUCUGCAGGGCCAGUAACUGCAACAGGAUUUCAUCAAAUGAGUUCAUCAGUAUCUCCUUCAUUGGCAUUAGCCUCAUUUGAUAAUGAUCCUUAUCAGAUUCAACAAGCCCAGCAGGAGCAGCAUCGCGGCCAGGUUCAGGUUCAGGUUCAGCCACAUCAAUUGCUUCAGCAACAACAACAGCUACCGCAACAACCACAGACACCACAGCAGCAACAGAGAGCCAACAGUGAAGAGGAAAGGAGCAUUGGUCCUUCAUGUUAAUGUAACAAGUCAGUUGAAGAUUUUUUCUUUUAACAAAUAUUUUUAAUCUUGGUAAGUACCUUUCAAUGCUUUUCCUCCUUGUCUCUUUCAUAUUUUACAUAUGAGUUCAAAAAGUA